CAUGCGCCCGCUCCACACUCCUUCAUUACUCCUCCCACCAACGGACACCUGCCUGCUGCUUGCUCGGUUUUACUCUAUACCUUCCAAGUCCAAAUUAACCCGGCCGUGGCACGCAACGCAACCCCGGCCCGGGUCUUGGUUCGUAGCGCAGCAAAAAAGGGAAAAUAACCGCAAAACCCCCCGCAAUUCCGCCCGGAAAUCGUCAAAAAUUGGAUUAUUAGCCGAGCCUCGGCUGCCGAGGGCCCGAGAUCCGGAGCUCCGCUCCCUUGCUUCCCUUGCACUGCUGCCCCUGCCAGUGCCCGUGUCCGUUUUAUUACCACCAAAGCCCCGCCUGCCGCGGCUGCUUGACCAGAACCCAGAAGCGAAGAAGAAUAGCGAGCCGCUUCCUUUGCCCUUUGCCUUUGUCCUUUGUCUCUCCUCUUCCUCUGCUAUCUACCCUGGCUGCUUUCCUUUCCUUGUCCCGACGCGGGGCGGCGGCCAAGGUGGUGGAGGGGGAUUUGAUUUGAUUUGAGCCAUGGAAGGGGGGAGGGUGCUGCGGCGGAGCGUCACGCUGGCGGACCAGCUGGCCCUAACGGUGGGGCCUUCGGCGGCGGCGGUGGCGGGGGGCGGCGGCGGGUCCUGCAACCUCCGCGACCUGCUCAAGCUCCGCGACGACGACGACGCUGCCCGCGCCGCCGCCGCGGCAGGGAGGCGGGCCGCGGCGGUCACGCUCGCGUCCGCCAUGCAGGCCGACCGGCUCGCCUCUUCCCCCUCGCCGUCUUCGUCCGCCGCCGCCGCCGCUGCCGCCGCGAGGACGCUGCUCGACAUCAUCCGCGACGACCAGCUCCCGGCUCCCCCAGGCGGCGGCGCAGGUGGAGACCCCUCCGUCCGCCGCGCCGUGUCUCUGCCGGCUCCUGCCACCUCCCCGCCCGCGGCGGCGGCCGAGGUCUUGCAGCCGCCGCCGCCACUGACGCCGACGAUUCCGGAGGCGCCGACGGAUCGGGAUCAGGAGGAGGAGGGGGAGGAGAGGGUGUCGCUGAUGGCGCUGCUGGAGCAGACGGAGCGGCAGUGGAGCUCCUCAGCGCACGACGAGCCGGAGCCGGAGCCAGCGGAGGAGCCGAGCCAGCCGCCCCGGGAGGAGGACGACGACGCGGAGCCGGAGCCGGAUGCGUCGGCGGCGGCGGGGCGAGGCGCGGGGUGCUGCUGCGUGUGCAUGGCGCGGGCCAAGGGCGCCGCCUUCAUCCCGUGCGGCCACACCUUCUGCCGCGCCUGCGCCCGCGAGCUCCUCGCCGGCCGCGGCCGCUGCCCGCUCUGCAACGCCGCCAUCCUCGACGUCCUCCACAUCUUCUGACCAAGCAUCCAGACAUAGAUAGAUCUCCGCCCUCUCUCUUCUUGCGAAAACUGAAAGAGGAUAACAUCAAAAUGUCCAGGUUCAGGUUCUGCUGCUCCUAAUCAGUAAUCAACGAUUCUGUUCCUACAUUUUUGCUUGCGAGAGACCAAUUCCGCUCUUA